AUGGGCCGCCCAACCGGCCGUGAGUUUUCGGGGCUGGGACACACGGCGCCCGCUGGGCUGCCUCUCUGGAUUAUCUGCGCCAGCUGUCUCUGCUUCUCUGCGAACGCACAGUUCCGGAUUCCCCCCGAAACGCUGCUGGCAGAGGGAUCCAAUCAGGAUUCAGACUCUGGUCACAUGGGCUGCUGUUCCACUUCACCCGAGCUGUCCCUGAGACAGAUCCAGCAGUGGGCCAACACCUUUGGCGGGGAGCUCUACUCCUUGUCAACAAAAUAUUCUGGAGCUCUUCUACUACAAAAGAAAUUCAAAGACGUGGAGCCGGUGGUAAAGAUCGAGGAGGUGGACGGAAACGAGCUGGUGCAGUCGUUUGCGGAGGAGAUGGAGCGUAUGCUGGGUCGCAAGAUGAAGUCAGUGAAGAGGCUGGCCGAGGCUGCGGAGGAUGCAGACCUGUAUCAUACGUACAAUGAAACUUUAGAGUUUGACUACUACAACUCAGUGAUGGUGAACACCAUGGAUGAGGACGGGAACUAUGUGGAGCUAGGGAGCGAGUUUGUCCUGGAGGAGAAUGAGCACUUCAACAAACUGCCCGUCAACACUUCGCUGAGUGACAUCCAGGUCCCCACCAAUGUCUACAACAAAGAUCCUGACAUUCUAAACGGGGUCUACAUGUCGGAGGCACUGAACACCGUCUUCAUCAGUAACUUCCGGAAGGACCCCACCCUCACCUGGCAGUAUUUCGGAAGCUCCACAGGCUUCUUCAGGCUCUACCCAGGUAUCAAGUGGACCCCGGAUGAGAACGGUGUCAUUACCUUUGACUGCAGGAACAGAAAUUGGUACAUUCAGGCCGCCACCUCGCCCAAGGACAUCGUGAUCGUGGUGGACAUCAGCGGCAGCAUGAAGGGACUGCGACUGACCAUCGCCAAGCACACCAUCACCACCAUCCUCAACACGCUGGGCGAGAACGACUUCGUCAACGUCAUCGCUUACAAUGAUUACGUCCACUACGUGGAGCCCUGCUUCAAAGGCACUCUGGUGCAGGCUGACCUGGACAAUCGUGAGCACUUUAAGGUUCUGGUGGACGAGCUGCAUGCGAAGGGACAGGGGAAGGUGAAGAAGGCCAUGAAGGAGUCCUUCCGCAUCCUCAAUGAGGCCACCACGGCAGGCAAGGGCAGUCUGUGUAACCAGGCCAUCAUGCUGAUCACUGACGGCGCCAUGGAGGACUUCCAGCAGGUGUUCGAGGACUACAACUGGCCUGAGCGCAGGGUGCGGGUCUUCACAUACCUCAUCGGGCGGGAGCUGACGUUUGCAGACAACGUGAAGUGGAUUGCCUGCAACAACAAGGGUUAUUACACUCACAUCUCCACACUUGCUGACGUGCAGGAAAACGUUAUGGAGUACCUGCACGUGCUGAGUCGUCCAAUGGUCAUCAACCACGACCACGACAUCAUCUGGACCGAGGCUUACAUGGACAGUGUGCUUCCCAACAAAGAGGAGCUCUUCAACACCCAGGCCCAGAGCCUGCUGCUCAUGACCACCGUUGCCAUGCCGGUCUUCAGCAAGAAGAACGAAACGCGGUCCCAUGGUAUUCUCCUUGGCGUGGUCGGGUCUGACGUCCCUCUGAGGGAGCUGAUGAAACUGGCCCCCCGAUACAAGCUCGGAGUGCAUGGCUACGCCUUUCUCAUCACCAACAAUGGCUACAUCCUGGCCCACCCUGACCUUCGACCUCUGUACACAGAGGGGAAGAAGCUGAAGCCCAAACCCAACUACAACAGUGUGGACCUGUCUGAGGUGGAGUGGGAGGAUACUGACGAGACUCUGAGGACAGCCAUGGUGAAGGGUGAAACAGGAUCCUUAUCCAUGGAUGUGAGGGCCACAGUGGAUAAAGGGAAAAGGGUCAUGUUCCUGAAGAAUGAUUACUUCUACACAACCAUCAAUGACACUCCCUUCAGUCUUGGCAUGGUUCUGACCCGCGGGCACGGAGAAUACAUCUUCAUGGGCAACGUGUCUGUGGAAGAAGGCCUCCACGAUCUGCAGCACCCAGACGUGACCCUCGCUAAUGAGUGGACUUACUGUGAGACGGACAUCGACCCGCAGCACCGCAAGCUCAGCCAGCUGCAGGCCGUGCUGCGCUACCUGAGCGGGACGGACCCCGACCUGGAAUGUGACGAGGAGCUGUUGCAGGAAGUCCUUUUUGACGCCGUGGUAACCGCUCCUAUGGAGGCUUACUGGACGGCCAUCUUGCUGAAUGAGGCCAGCAUGGAUGAGGGGAUCGAGGCCGCGUUUCUGGGGACCCGGGCCGGGCUAAUGCGGGUCACCAGAUACGUCAACAACGAGAACCGUGUGGCCAGGAAGUUCCUGACGCCGGCGGACACAGAGAACAUCUUCACCAUGGACCACUUCCCCCUGUGGUACCGCCGCGCGGCCGAGCACAUGCCCGGCAGCUUCCUCUACUACAUCUCCAAGGAGGACAGCCGAGAUGCGAGGGCGGUCGUGGCCAGCACUGCUGUCACAGUGACGGUGAAUAAGAAGAUGGCCAUCGCUGCAGCAAUUGGGGUACAGAUGACCCUGGAGCUGAUUGAGAACAAGUUCUGGGAAAUCACCAAACAGUCCAACGAUACAGAUUGUAGCCGUGUGGACGGUGCGUGUCCUCUCAACUGCGACAGCACUGAAAUCAACUGCUAUCUCAUUGACAGCAACGGCUUCAUCCUGGUGACCAGGGAGAAGAAGGAGGUUGGGAAGUUCCUGGGAGAGCUGGAGGGAGCUGUGAUGUCACGCCUGAUGACGAUGGGCAUGUUUAAGAGGGUGACGCUGUACGAUUACCAGGCCAUGUGUAAGAACCCACACCACCACGCCAGCAGCGCACGGCCCCUGAUCAGCCCCCUCUAUGCCCUGGUGUCGGCCCUCAAGUGGUUCCUCUCCAACUUCCUGCUCUUUUUACUGGAGUUCAAUAUCUGUGGGCUGUGGCAUUCUGACCACCUUGCAGAAGCCAAGGCUGUGUUCCAUUCAUCUCACAAGCACAAGAAGGUGGAGCUCAUGCAGCCCUGUGACACAGAAUACCCCAGCUUCGUCUACGAGCCGUCCAUCAAGGAGACCAACAGCUUCAUCCAGUGCGCCAGGUGUCAGAAAAUGUUCGUGUUGCAGCAGAUCCCCAACAGCAACCUGCUGAUGGUGGUGGUCCAGGCAGACUGUGACUGCAGCCGCAAGUACUCUCCCAUCACACUGGAGCCGAAGGAGGUGAAAUAUAACGCCUCAGUCAAGUGUGACAGGAUGAGAUCACAGAAGAUCCGGAGACGGCCGGACUCCUGCCACGCUUUCCACCCCGAGGAAAAUGCCAAAGACUGCGGUGGCGCGUCAGAGAUCUCCCUGUCCGUGGCUCUCUUCCUGGCCUCCCUGGGGACCUCGACGUUGGUCCUCCGAUGACAGACGGGGCGAGACCCCGCCUCCCCAUGUCACCCGAAAAGGCAGAAACUGACAUGGGAGCAACUGACUCUUUUUAUCUUAAGUUUUGAGCUGAGUAGAAUGCCAGCCAGCACAGAGACUGCUGAAUGACGUUACAACGGCAACAUGGCGGACAAAGGCCAUCCCUG